GGUGCCGUACUUUUCCUCGCUUACCUAAUUAAUAACAUUAACACUUUCACCAAACUGCAUAACAAAACACUAAGACCGUUCUUAUUCAUAUUAGUGAGUGUUAUCUUCUUCCAUUUUCGCAUAACCAUACUCAUUUCUGUUAUAAAGUACACACACUUCCCCAAUUCUUUAUCAUCAUCCUCAUAUGCUAAACAGCUAAAGUUAAUCAUAAAGAAAACAACAAACAAAAGCACUCUGUUAAUAAAGAAAACAAAAGAAAAGAAAAGAAAAGAAAAAGGAAGCGUGAUUAAUAUAUGUAUAGCAUCAGAAUUAUUGAUCUUGGGCUUUGUGAGUUGCAAUUGAAAUGCUGAAGAUCUUUAGGGUUUAGGACUGCAUACUCGCUUUCCUCCUCGUGAUCUCUGUCCUUGUCUCUCUCUUUUCAGAUCCGAUCAUUUGGCUUCAAGAGUCAGGACAUGAUGUUUAUUUGAGGGCAGUUCAUGACAUUCUUGCAGUUCUGACUUGGUUGCUACAACAAGAGUUAAGAGAUGGCAGCUGAGCGAGUUAAUGCUGCAACAAGUCAGAAACUGACUGAAACUGACUGGAUGAAAAAUAUUGAAAUCUGUGAAUUAGUUGCUCAUGAUCAAAGGCAAGCUAGAGAUGUUGUUAAGGCCAUAAAAAAGAGACUAGGCAACAAGAACCCCAAUACACAACUUUAUGCAGUUAUGUUGUUGGAAAUGUUGAUGAACAACAUUGGAGAUCCAAUUCAUAAACAGGUUGUUGAAACAGGAACCAUUCCUAUUCUUGUGAAAAUUGUGAAGAAAAAGUCAGAUUUGCCUGUAAGGGAACGGAUAUUUCUCCUGCUAGAUGCUACACAAACAGCCCUUGGUGGUGCUUCUGGAAAGUUUCCACAAUAUUAUAAUGCAUAUUAUGAGUUGGUGAGUGCUGGGGUGCAGUUUCCUCGAAGGGCUCAGGAAUUCCAAUCAAAUUGUCCAAGUUCACAACCUAACAGGACUAAUAAUGGACCAAACAGGGAACAGGCCUUGCCUAGAUCUGGUGGGGUUGCUCAGCAAGCGGAGUCCAAUCCUGUUCCCGAAUCUAGCAUUAUUCAGAAGGCUAGUAAUGCAUUAGAAGUUCUAAAAGAAGUCCUUGAUGCUGUUGAUGCGCAACAUCCUCAGGGAGCAAGGGAUGAAUUCACCCUUGAUCUUGUCGAGCAAUGUUCGUUUCAAAAACAGAGAGUAAUGCAUCUUGUGAUGGCUUCUCGUGAUGAGAGGAUUGUUUCACAAGCAAUAGAAUUAAACGAGCAGCUUCAGGAAGUUCUUGCAAGGCAUGAUGACCUCGUUUCUGGAAGAGCCACAACUCCCAAUCACUUUGUCCAUGAAGAAGUGGAAGAGGAGGAGGAACCUGAGCAGUUAUUCCGAAGAUUACGCAAAGGAAAGGCUUGUGCAAGGCCUGAAGAUGAAGAGACUGAGCCUCGUUUCCCUAACUGGGGUUUGCUUGAAGAGAGACUCAACCGUGCACUAAUAAGACCGCUCUCUUUGGAGCCAUCUCGACAAACCAAUACCCGUGCUGCACCUGUAGCGGUUCCACCUCCAAAUGCAAGGAACAAUGGUGAGCUUCCUCAUGUAGCAAUUCCACCACCACCUUCGAAGCACUUUGAAAGGGAGAGAUAUUUUCAGGAGAACAAGAAGGAUGGUGCUACUUUGGCCAGUCACUUGAGGGGCCUCUCCUUGCAUAGUUACAAUGGCAGCAGCUCUCACAGUGGAAGCUUUGAUUCUAGUGAUUAAUCUCUUAAUGGACGUAAUUUCUGUUUUUAUUUCCCUUUAGUUUUAGUAAUACAGAUGUAGGAAAUAUAUAUAUAGUUGAUGAUUUCUGGUUUUUUCUUUUUUGAGUGGGGGAGGGUAUGAAGAAUAACAUCUGCUGCUGUUCAUACGAUGAAUGUUAUUUAGUUGUCUGAGAUCAUGUUCCAUGACUGAGGUUUGUACGUUUCAGGUGCUAGUGUGAUAAUAAUUUUCUA